AUGCCAACGGUUUGGAGAGGAACACUUGAAGAGGCUAUUUGGGGGGAAAUUCAAUUGGAGAAAUUUAGAGCGACCUUCAAUCCAAGGAGGAAAAUUUUAGUUGUUGUUUCUAUGAUGAUUUGUGUUGCUGCAAUCAUUGUUGUAUUGGUUUAUGUGAAUCGAUCGGACAAAAUUCCACAAGCAUAUCCAAUGGAGGAGGAUCAUAUAAAGCUUUGCAUUGCUAACCAAUUACAUAGAUUUGGAUUGGGAGAGUACUUUGUAGGAGAGAUUGAAGUACUUUUAUCACAAGUUUAUAGGAAUUAUAAUAAUGAGGCAAGUUCAAUGGUAAGAGCAUUGAAUAUGAAUACUAUGCAGCUUCAGAAAGAUGCUAUGGCAUUUGAGCUCUUAAGGACAUAUGGAUUCAAAGUAUCACCAUUGCGAUUUUGUUGGUUUCUAAACCACGAUGAAACCAAAGCUGAGAUUGAGAAUAAUUACGAGCAGUUCUCAAGAAAAGGAGGCUUAUUGCAACAAAUAGAGCACGAGUUGAGUCUUCCAUGGUUUGCUCGAUUGGAUCAUUUAGAGCAUAGAAUGUGGAUAGAAGAAACAGAAGCCAGCAUUCUAUGGAAAGGGAAGACAUCACAUAACAGGGUAUCAUGUCUCUAUAAUGAUGAAUUUCUACAACUUGCAUCUCUAAACUUCGAGUUUAAGCAAUUGAUAUACAAAAACGAGCUUAAAGAACUAAAGAGGUGGGCUGAAAAGUAUGGUUUGAGUGAUAUGGGUUUUGGCAGAGAAAAAAGUACUUAUUGUUACUUCGCUGUUGCUGCUAGUUUAACAUCCAUCCCUCAUGACUCUUACGUACGGAUGUUUGUAGCUAAAACUGCUAUUAUAAUCACAGUUGCUGACGAUUUCUUUGAUAGUGUUGGUUCUCUCAAUGAACUAGAAAUUCUCACUGAAGCAGUUCAAAGGUGGGAUACCAGAGGCCUAAAGAGCCAUAGCAAAGUUAUAUUUGAUGCACUUGAUGAUCUUGUGAGUGAAGCUACUAGAAAAUAUCUCCAACAAGAAGGAACUUCUGAUGAUAUCUCAGGAAACUUAAAAGAUCUAUGGUAUGAAAUUUUCUUGUCAUGGCUGAUAGAAGCAAACUGGAGCAGAAAUGGUCACAAACCAUCUAUUGUUUGUUACCUCGAAACAGGCAUGACUUCAAUUGGCGCGCAUCUCAUUGUGCUUUCAUCUUCAUGUUUUAUGAAACCAUCCAAGAAACUUAGGCUAAAACCGUAUGAGCCAUUAACAAAUCUAUUAAUGGUCAUUUCUCGUUUAUUAAAUGAUCUCGAGAGUUAUCAGAAGGAAAUGGAAGAAGGGAAAUUGAAUUAUGUUUUGGUUAACAUGAUGGAGAACCCUGAAUUUGAAAUUGAAGACUCAAUUGCAUUUGUGAGGGAAAUAGUCGAGAAAAAGAAGAAAGAGUUUCUUGAACUUGUUCUAAUUGACGGAUUAAGUGAUUUUCCUAAGCCGAGCAAACAACUCCAUCUAUCAUGCUUGAAAGUUUUUCAAAUGUUUUUCAACUCUAAAAACAGUUUUGAUUCUAAUACAGAUAUGGUGGAGGAUAUAAACAAAGCAAUAUAUCUUCCUUUGAGUAGAACUUCAAUGUGUCUCUCAACUCAAACAUUCCCAAAGAAGAAACAUAUUAUAUCAAAACUUAAUAUGAAUUUUCCAUUCAAACACAAUAGUAGGAUAAGUUUAACCAAAAUGAGGUUGAUAACACCUAAAGUUAGGCUUGGAUUCAAAUAA